AUGGACGCCAUUGUUGUUUUGUGUCAUUUCUGUGAACAACAUGGUCCAUCAGUAAUAAUGUGUACCCAGUCAUUUAAACAAUCACAAUCAAAUUUAUCUGUAAAUAAUGUACCCGAUGUUACUACUGCCAACGCUAAUAAUAGUAACAAAGAUGUAAACACAUAUCAAAGAAAAUUAUCUAGUCAUGCUCUACAAAGUAGCGAUGAUGCAAUUCUUACUGGGAUAGAUGUUUCGCCUAUCCCUUUACCAUCUUCAUCAUCGAGAUUUUCAGUGAUGUCAUCAAACAUUACUCAACAGCAACAACAAUCACAUCCAGCUUGUAAAGCAUGCUCAUCUAUCUUGUUACGUGAUGAACUAGGAAUAAUUAGCUAUGAUCAUUCUGCCAAUCUUUCAUAUAUUUCUACGCAGUCUCCAAAAGACACGGAUUUAAGUACACAUGUUCGAAAUGCAUGCUUGCGAAGUCUUUCUAGUGAGGUUUGCCCAGGUCAAGUCGGUGCAUUUUACUUUGGUGAUGAAAUAAAUGGUCAUGUCUUAAGUUAUAAUUUCCCUUUGAAUGAUUCACGUGCGCGUGGUAAUCAAAGUCGUUUCAGUAUUUUGGUGUUAUCAUGGGAUAAGAUAUACCUACUAAAUAUAUGGUCAUUUUUGAUAUCGAAUAUAUCACGUAUGGUUUCUCGUCUACGUCUAGCAGCCAAUCGUGUAUACAAUGAUGAGACUUCAGAUAAUACAACUGCUGCUGUUGUCAAUACAAUGACUCAUUCAAAUCCACAGAAGCCGAUAGCUCCAUUGAGAAGAUGUGCUACACCUCCAGCUUCGUUAGCUCCUAAUCUUUACAAACAGGCUAUUGCAGCAGGUAAUGCUGUUACGGCAGGUUACGGUUUAUACAGUAAUGCAACAUUAGGAAGAGAAACAAAACAGAAAAGAGCUACCGACUCAGAUAUGCGUUCACUGGCUGAUUUAACAAAAGAUGAUCAAAUAUUCUAUCGUCUGCAUGCUUGGUUCACAUGGUUACUUCGUGCCGGUGGUCGUCGAUGGAGUAUAGUUCCUCCUGCUAUUGCGCCUCCAGUUGAUGAAGAUUCAAUUGUAUCUCAGGAAGAAUAUGAAGCUUAUAUUUCAGCUGGUCUUGAAUGUUUAACAACAUCUAGUUCAAGAAAUGCUGCUGCCGCUGCCAAUUCUAACACUUUUAAUUUGCCUGGUCAUAAACUUGGUCAUAGUAUGAGUUGUAUUAGUCAAUCAAGUGGUUCUACAAUAUUAUCAAAAUCAAUAAAUCAUUCAACAACCAAUGGUACAAGAGAUUCGAUUGAAACAGAUAAUAACAAAAAAUUAUCGCUAUAUUUAAACAAUAUGUCAGUAGAAAUGGCGAAUUCCACGUCUUUCAUGAUCUUGUCCAGACUAUUUACUGUACUUGGUGUCAACCCAUUUAGUCGAUUAGUUCAGCAUAUAGCUGUUGGAAAUCAAUUGGUUGUACAAUCAUUAACCGAAGAUAUACACUCUACACUGACAUUGUCUGCAUUAGCUAAACUAUUACCUAAAGGAUGUAUUAGACAGGUAAUAGCAAGUCAUGAAUAUGUGGCACCAUUUCGUUGUAAUCUUUUAAGUUUAACAAGUAAUUUAUUAAUGUUAGAAGAAGAUGUAAAUAUGGCUAAAGAUGUUCUUUAUUUAGCUGUUUAUCGUUGUGAAUGUAAAUCAUCAUCAUCGUCAUCAUCAUCAUCAUCAUCAUUAAAUGAAACAACAAUAAUCUCUAAUGAAAGUAGUGAAGAAUCUUUUCUACAAUCAUAUGUCAAUUCUUUAAAUUUUAAAUUCUGUUCAACAAUUCCAUCAUUUGAUUCAGAAUUAAUUUUAUAUAAAAAAUCAUUACCUUGUCGUUAUUUGUCUACUACUACUACUACUACUACUACUACUACUACUACUACUACUACUACUACUACUACUACUAAUCAUCAUCCAUCUAUUACUACAAUUCCUCGUCAAUUUUUAACUAAUAAUAAUGGACGUAUUACAAUAUCAAAUUAUGUACAACAAAUUAUUAAAUUAUUUCAUAUGAAUCCACCAUUAUCAAUGAAUGUUUAUACAAUUGCUUUAUCUACAAUACAACAUGAAUGGAUACAUCGUGCACGUUUAUUAUAUUCAUUUAAACGUUGUCAAGGAUCAUCUUUGAGCGGUGAGGAAGCAACUCGUCGUUGGACUAAUGUACUCGCUUCAAUCAAUUGUCAAUCAGCGGAAAAUGCAGCUGUGGCAAGAUUUUGGCAAGGUGCUUUAAGUCAAUACUCUCGUAAUAAUAUAUGUCACUUACGUAAAUGUCCAACCGCUACCAAUUCAACGAAUACAUCAAGACGUGGUUCAUUUAGCUCGAGUAAUGCCGAUUUAAAUGCUGCUGUUUUAGCAGCUGCGAUAAAUUAUCAAUCGGUUCCAUUAAAUGAUUAA